GUCGGCAUGGCGUCUUCGCCAAGGACGGUCAAGGCGAUGAUGCGCUCGACGAGUUCAAGCCCAGCAUCGUGUCUGAAGCUUCACAGUGGUCAGCCACGAGCUGGAUGUCGUUCUUCCCGCCCUCGCCGCGGAGCCAGGCACCUUUCGAUCCUGAGGCCGUGGCUGAGCUAGAGCUGGCGCCAAAAGGCUGGGCCAGGACCAUCCGGCCGAUUGACCAUCGGACGAAGGAUGU